AUUGCCCCUGCUAGUUCUACAAAUUUAUUCUUAUUCCCUAUUAAGUACUCGGAAGGAAAGCAAAUUAAGAUGAAUUUGUAUCUCUGUCUAAGCUUUGUGCUGGCAUUGUUGUUUUGCCUAAAGGGCACCGUGAGUGCAGAUGAAAUCAACCCAGAUCUCCGGAGGAUUCAGUUUUUCCUUCGAACUAAUGAGCCUGUUACACCGAGCGCCUGGCUUCAGGUUUGGGUUAACUCUCUCCAUAUAUGCAGUGAUCAGAAUUCAGUCGCCGAAGAUCGUUGUACAAGGGAACUCAUGAAUUUGGCGAUUGAGGCUAGAAAUAAAAUUUCGAUGGAGGGUCUUAGUAACACCGAUCAGGAUGAUAAAUAUUUCGAUGAAAUUUCAUCAUACGUUUCCGGCCUACACCAACAAAAACAAAUUACAGAAAAUCAAUAAAUUUAUAAUAUAAUAAUGAUUUUAUUUGUAACAUCAGCUUUGUAUCUUUUCCAUAAUAAACUUUGUUUUGUGCAAUUGUAA